AGGUACUACAUACCGUAUGCGCUAGUUUAGCGUUAAGUCAUUAGGACUAGAUGCUAGCCCUCGCAUCAUUUAUUUUACUGGCUCUUGCAGGACUCGGACCUUCGCGCUGUCGGACUGCUUACUUAUGUGGCUGUAUCCCUCCUUCGACGCUCCUUCGACUCACAUUUAACUGCUAUAUACUCAUCUAUAGCACAGUGCUUAAUUCUUGCCUAUACCCCUUCUUUGACGCUUGUUGCCUUCGCUGGUUUCUUCGUCAAGCGUGUACCUGUGGUGUUUCUACCUAUAGCAUAGUGCUUAAUUCUGUGACUAUACCGCUUGGUGGACCCGCUGCUUGUGCAGCAUUACAUGUUUUCGUUCGUGUACCCUAACUACUUUCCUAGUAGUACUUAUUCAUUCGUCUUUCUUUACUUACUACCUGCUGAUUGUAGUUCUACUAAGCUGCCGUUGUUCUUACCUACCUUGUAACCACUGCUCUCUGUCAUUUGACUCAUGUUCUGCUGUGGUUAUAACUGUUACUGGGUUCUUCCUUAUCACUGUAUCUCUUCCACUUCUUAGUAAAGUCGAGCUCGGGUAGCUACGAUUAGAUGCUCACAACCGUUCAGGGCCAGUCGCUAUGUAUGUGCACA